AUGGGGUGUGGGGAUUUCUUCUUUACGCUACUAGUAACCUUCUCAGUAGCCCUUAUAACAUACAACAUCCUUAUAUCAGCAAAUACACCACUUAAGCAAGACCUACCAGGUCCAUCUUCAAGAUCAUCACUUUCAGUUGACCCAAUAAUCAAGAUGCCAGUAGAAAGAUCAGGAAAAUCAAGCUUUGGUAAAAAGAGACUGUUUCAUACAGCUGUGACAGCUUCUGAUUCUGUGUAUAAUACUUGGCAGUGUAGGGUUAUGUAUUAUUGGUACAAGAAGCAUAAAGAUGGACCCAAUAGUGAAAUGGGAGGGUUCACUAGGAUCUUGCAUUCUGGAAAGCCUGAUCAGUUUAUGGAGGAAAUCCCAACUUUUAUAGCACAGCCCUUGCCUUCUGGGAUGGAUCAGGGCUAUAUAGUUCUCAACAGACCUUGGGCAUUUGUGCAAUGGCUUCAGAAGGCAGACAUAAAAGAAGAUUACAUACUGAUGGCAGAGCCAGACCAUAUUAUUGUUAAGCCUAUUCCAAACCUAUCUAAAGAUGGCCUUGGAGCUGCAUUUCCUUUCUUUUACAUUGAGCCUAAAAAGUAUGAGUCUGUCCUCCGCAAGUACUUUCCUGAGGAUAAGGGACCUAUAACAAACAUCGACCCCAUAGGAAAUUCUCCUGUCAUCAUUGGGAAGGAAUCUCUUAAGAAGAUUGCUCCCACUUGGAUGAAUGUCUCCUUGGCAAUGAAAAAGGAUCCUGAAACAGAUAAAGCUUUUGGCUGGGUGCUUGAAAUGUAUGCUUAUGCUGUAUCAUCUGCUCUACAUGGUGUUGGUAACAUCCUGUACAAGGACUUAAUGAUUCAGCCUCCUUGGGAUACAGAAAUUGGCAAAAAGUUCAUAAUUCAUUACACUUACGGAUGUGACUAUGAUAUGAAGGGUAAAUUAACCUAUGGAAAGAUUGGAGAAUGGAGGUUUGACAAAAGAUCUUAUGAUACUGUGGCACCCCCAAAAACCUUCCCUUGCCUCCGCCAGGUGUUCCAGAGAGUGUGGUUACUCUGGGUUGUGGAGAUUUGCAUGUAUGUUCUACAUCAAUUUGAAUCCCAUGCAAGCCUCGGUAAUCGUUGGAAGUCUGGAAACUGCAAUAUACUGGCUGGCAAUGGUACUAAAUUACGGCCAUUAAUGGCUGAUGUACACAACUUACAGUUUCUUCCAACAGUGUCUUACUACGCAUAUCCGAUUGCUCGAGUAUUCCUAAAUGUUGAGACGCACGAGCCUUCUCUUCUUUUGUGCUUGAUUGUGUUGAGCUAUGUAUGCUGUUACAGGCAUGUACCUUUAAACAGAGGACAGUCUUCUCGCAUGUAA